GUGGAGGGGGCUGGGGGGUUGUCGGUAAGGAGAAAAAGCUCUCUGUGUGGAAGCAGCCGCUCAUUCACCAAGCAGCUCACACAGCAGAAGGAGGAAGAGGAUGAGGAGUAGAACAGCUGCUGCAGCAGUGUGCACGCAGCAUUUUGCAUGAAAAAGGAAGGGGAAAAAAACAAAAGCUUUAACAACAGCAUUCAGUGCCAUACGAGACUAGUGCGGGGAUACGGGCAUCGGCUCUUUGGACUUGGAAAAUUUUGUGUUUGUGACUUGAGGAGCGGAGGGAUGCACGGAUACUGGAGGGUCUGCAUCCCUGUGACAAAGUUGAGCUCGAGCGGAAAUCAAGUUGAAAGAGAACAAAUCUUGUCAUUUCAUUGACGGGUUUGACUCCAUAAAGAGUGCAUCACUUGGUCCUAAUUGCCAAGUCAGUCCAGAGAGAAUGAGGUGUCGUUGGGUGAAGCAUGAGCCGUCAGAGAAUCAGUCAUAAGCGGCUGUCUCUGCGAUGGACGAGUGCGCUUCUUGGCCUCUGGCUCUGCUGCUGGACCUCGUUGGCCAGCGCCGCAGGAGAUGCAGCCGCCGAAAACGCCGGACCGGCCGGCGGCUCCCUCGGUGGCUCUCUAGCGUGGCUUCUGUCAGAUAAAGGGCCUUUCCAUCAGUCCUUGGAGUUCACAGAGGCUGCGGAAAGGCACCAGCAAGGGUUUAGCACCAGAUACAAGAUCUACAGGGAGUUUGGUCGAUGGAAGGUCAACAGCCUGGCGGUGGAGAAACGAGACAGUCUCGGCGGCAGUCGUGGUCUGGCUUUGCCCCUCGACCCUGAAUUUAUGCACACCAUCCGCCAGCUAGGAAGGCGGCCGACCCUGCGCGCAAUUACCGAGAGUCUAAUCAAAAAAUAUGGCACCCACCUCCUACUCUCUGCCACACUGGGAGGGGAAGAGUCCUUAACCAUAUUUGUGGACAAAAGGAAGCUAGGUCAAAAAUCUUCAGCGGUUGGGACUGAGGACAGUAAAAGCAACAGCACGACUGGCCCAAUUACCCUGGAGGCGCUCCACCAGUUGGCAGCUUCCUACUUCACCGACAGAGAGAGUACCUUACGCAGGCUCCACCACCUCCAGAUUGCCUCGACUGCCAUAAAGGUAACAGAAACCAGAACUGGACCACUUGGAUGCAGCAACUAUGACAAUCUGGACACUGUCAGCUCUGUUCUUGUUCACAGUCCAGAGAACAAGGUUCAGCUACAAGGGCUGCAGGUCGUCCUCCCGAGUUACUUGCAGAGUCGCUUCAUUCAGGCGGCUCUGAACUACAUUGGCUGUAAAUCCGAGGGUCAUUUUAUGUGCCAAAAAAACGAAUGCUGGUGUGACUGCAGAGUGGAAUUUCCAAAGUGUAACUGUCCUCACACUGACCUGGACACUCUGGAAAACAACCUAGUGCGCAUCAGAGAGGCCUGGAGGCGGUCCAACGAGGAGUUUGAAGCAUCCGAGGAAUUCCAAAGCUUUGUUGGAAAACUGCCAACACAUUAUGCUGUAAACACAUCUGUUGUGGAGCACUUAUGGCGGACAGAUGCUAGCCUGCUCCAGCGCUACAGGCAACUGGAGAUGGGCAGCCAGCAGCUCUUCACCAAAGCUCGCCGCACCAUCAACAAGCUCUUCAAUCUCAGCAAGAGGUGCCGUAAACAGCCCAAAAUCAUCCUCCAGAGGCCGAGGUCUCUUCACUUCUGGUUGAGCUACACCCUCUCCAUCUUGUACUGCAGUGAGAACAACCAAGUUGGAGUCUACAAUGAAGAAAGUCGCAGAUGCUCCUGCCCUUACAGUCACCCACCUUGCCAAGGCCUCAUCCCAUGUUCCACGGGCGACGGACCCCGCUGCUCGUCUUGCUCUGCUGAGAAUCGUACGAGAUGCUCCAGCUGCAAUCCUGGUUUUACCCUGAACCAGGGAGCCUGCAGACACGCCGUGCCCGACCCUACGGACCCGUACCUGGGUAUGGAGAGCGAUCAAGACCUGCACGACAUGGAGCUUCGCUACCUGCUUCAGCGACGCGACCCGCGCAUCACUCUACACGCGGUGUUCGUAAGCAACGAUGUGCGGGUCAACACUUGGUUCGACCCAUCAUGGAGGAAGCGAAUGCUGUUGACCCUGAAAAGCAACCGGGUUAAAUCUAAUCGUGUUCACAUGCUCCUUGGACUGGACUUGCAAUUUUGCCUCAGCAGGAACAGCACCCUCGAGCCAGUUUUUUCGCUCUUCGUGAACCCAUUUGGAGGCAGUCAUUCAGAGAGCUGGACAAUGCCCGUAGGCCAAAAUGGCUAUCCCGACUGGGACCGGACCAAAUUGGACAUUCCCUUGGACUGCUAUAACUGGACGUUGUCUCUCGGUAACAGAUGGAAGAGCUUUUUCGAGACGGUGCAUUUUUACCUGAGGAGUCGAAUCAAGGAGGGCGCGGCGACGGGAUCAAAGAACACUUCAGUGGACGAUGAGCUUACGGAGGCGACAGAGCCACCCAGUAGUAUCGGUUAUAUGAAAGUGAACAGCAUGCAGCUGUUUGGAUACAGCAUGCAUUUUGACCCUGAGGCAAUCCAGGACUUGAUUCUGCAGAUUGACUACCCGUACACUCAGGGAUCGCAGGACUCGGCUCUCUUGCAGCUGGUGGAGCUGCGCUACAGGGUAAAUCGCCUCUCGCCUCCGGGGGCCCCCCACGUGGAUCUAUUUGCCUGUCUGCUCCGCCACAGACUUAAACUCUCCAGUGCGGACGUGAGCAGGAUCCUCAGCGCCCUGCAGGCUUUCAGUGCCAGACAACCCAACUACACGGAGUACGAGGCGACCAAACUGUGUAGCUAAUGGCACCCAUGUUGUGUUUUGUAUUUUCUUGCCGCAUACAGGCUUGCAUCCUCUUUCUGCUGGAUCCAUUUGUUGUCAAGUGAAUGGUGCAUUGUUCAAGGCUUUGUUGUAAAUAAACUGUGUGCAAUCAAAAUCAAUGCUAAUGUCAGUGCAGUUUUAUGAAUAAAAGAC